AUUAGUUGGUUUUCAAAUACACACAUUUUACUGGUAAGCAGAUGAGAGAUUGGGAGUACCAUACUCUCUCCUUAUGUAGCUAAGUUAACUCACACUUCCAACCGUUGAGCAAAUAUCCUUUUCCACUCUUCUUUAGCUCUCCACUCUCUUUGUUCCCUGUUUCUUUUUCUGCUGAUGGAGGAGCUCUGCUGUCAUCUCAGUUGACGACCAAGACUUCAUUUUUAUUAACUUUCUGUAUUUGGGUUGCAAGCUAUUCUGGAUCUGUUCUUGACCCUUUUCGUUUUUGCUGAUUUUAGUGGCUAGGAGGGUAUAUAUUCGAGGUAAACAAAUCUGGGUCGACGUGUUCUUGAAGGUUCAUCUCAUGGUUUGACUGAUUAUUUUUGCGCCAGUGAGUCAUUUGGAAUGGGGAUUUGAUCAUCUCGUGUUCGUGGUUGUAUGAACAAGAUUGAUGUUAAAGAUUCCAGUAAAAUAUCGAAAAUCAACACAUGUGAGUGUUUCCAUUUGGGACUUCCUUUUGGACAUGAAAUUGUACCUCUUAUCCCCAAUCAACCUGUCUGUAAGCGGUUUUGGCUUGUUACUACAAAAAUGCUUGAAAGAGAAAUUGCUGCAACCGUGCAAGCAAGUUCAUGCAUUAAUGUUAACAUCACACACUGACAUGAAUGCUUUGUCAUUGAAUUCAAAGCUCAUCGGUGCCUAUGCAAGUUGUGGGGAUCUAGGUUCUGCUGAGCUUGUGUUCCAAAGAACAACAAACCUGAAUAUUUUUGCAUUUAAUUGGAUGAUUUCAGCUUUAGCAUUCCAUGGCUACCCUGAGAAAUCCAUUGGGUACUUCUCUCUUCUUCAACAAUCAAGAAAUAUUCCGAACAAGUACACAUUUGCUGUAGUGUUAAAAGUAUGUGUUGGUCUAAUGGAUCUGAACAAAGGAAAGGAAGUGCAGAGUAUGAUAUAUAGAAUGGGAUUUGAGUCAGAGCUAUCGGUUGCCAAUGCCUUGAUUAAUAUGUAUGGCAAAUGUGGCAGUACGGAAUAUGCUCGUUUAGUUUUUAAUGUAAUGGUCGAGAGAGAUAUUGUAUCCUGGACAUCAAUGAUAUAUUCAUAUGCUAACGUGGGGAAAAUUGAAGAAUCCUUUAUUUUGUUUGAAAAAAUGAGGUUAGAAGGCAUAAAGCCUAAUGAUUUUACAUGGAAUGUAAUGAUCGCUGGAUAUGCUAGGAGAGGAGACUGUGACACAGCUUUUAUGUUACUCUCAAAAAUGAGUGAAGAGGGGUUGACUCCAGAUUUGGUUACCUGGAAUGCAAUGGUCUCAGGGUAUGUUCAGAGCCACAGAUCAACUGAAGCUCUAGCAUUAUUGCAGGAAAUGUUGGAUGCUGGAGUGAAGCCUAAUGAAAUCACGCUCACUGGGCUUCUGCCAGUCUGUGGGUUGAUUGACUCUGCAUAUGCAGGGAAAGAAAUCCAUGGCUUAGCAUAUAGAUUAGAGCUUUUUGCUAAUGUCUUUGUUGCUAGUGCUCUCAUUGACAUGUACAGUCGAUGUGGGAGUGUAGAAGAUGCUUGGAAUGUUUUCAGUUCUGUUCCUUUCAAGAAUGUUGCAUCAUGGAAUGCUAUGUUAAGUUGUUAUGGGAAGCAUGGCAGAAUAGAACAUGCAAUCAAACUUUUUGAGAAGAUGCAGUAUGAAGGAGUGCUGCCAAAUGAAGUAACCUUAACUUCUCUUCUUUCUGCAUGUAGUCAUGGUGGUUUAGUUGAGAAGGGUUUGAAGAUCUUUUGGUCCAUGGAGGAGUGUUAUGGCAUUAGAGCAAGGAAAGAGCAUUAUGCUUGUGUUAUUGAUCUUUUGUGUCGUGUCGGGAGGCUGGAGGAGGCUUACAAUAUAGUCAAAGACAUGGCAAUAGAAGUUACAGAUUCAGUUGUUGGUGCUUUCUUCAGUGGCUGUAAGGUCUAUGCAAGGAGAGAUCUUGCUGAAAAGAUGGCUAAGGAUAUAUUACAGAUGGACCUGAAGAAGCCUGAAGGUCUUGUAGCCCUUUCAAACAUUUAUGCUGCUGAGGGAGAGUGGGAUAAUGUUGAGAAUGUGAGGAACAUGAUGAAGGACAAGGGAUUCAAUAAGAUGCCUGGUUCCAGUUGGUUGUAGAGGAUAGGAAUAGCAUGAUACACAGAAAUAGAUCUAGGAAUGUGACGCCUUUUAAACUAUUAGAUAAUGCAGGCAAAUGGGUCGAGGUAGAGGAAAGGGUAAGAAACUGACUGAUGAUCCAGGAAGUGAUGAGGAAGAAAAGAUCCCUCCACAGAAGAGGAGAGGAAGGCCACUCAAAGAUGACA